AAUUGAAUUUAUUAUUUCUGAUCUCAUUUAUUGGUAUAAUUGUAGUGCUACGAUCCCUCAGUUUUCUUAAUCAGUUGUUUCACCCUUGUUGUUAAUUUACAUUCAUUCAAUAUGGGUCGAAAGAAGAAGAAGCAGGCGAAACCAUGGUGUUGGUACUGCAAUCGUGAGUUUGAAGACGAGAAAAUUCUCAUCCAACACCAAAAGGCUAAACAUUUUAAGUGUCACAUUUGUCACAAAAAACUAUAUACAGGGCCCGGACUUUCUAUACAUUGUAUGCAAGUACACAAAGAAACAAUUGACAAAGUUCCCAAUUCACUAUCUCACAGAUGCAAUAUUGAGAUUGAAAUUUAUGGAAUGGAAGGCAUCCCUGCAGAAGAUCUAAAAGAGCAUGAAAAGCAAAGACAAAGUGGACCAUCUCAGUCUCCAGACAGUGGCGAUGAUGAGCCGCCAAACAAGAAAAAAGCAUCAGAAGCCAACAAGUCAGGAGCAUCUGGUCAAGGAAUGAUGCCUCAAGUGCCGAUGAUGCCAAUGCAGCCUCCUUUUGGACCUCCAAUGGGAGGACCUCCCAUGAUGGGAAUGGGACCUCCUUUCAUGGGACCUGGUAUGCCAAUGAUGCCAGGUGGACCAGCAGGUCCAAUGGCACCACCAGGAAUGGGAGGGCCGCCCCCACAACCUAACAAACCCCUGUUCCCUAGUGCUGCUGCAAUAGCUUCAACAGCAUCAUCAUCACCUGUUGGAACCGAUUUUAAGCCCAUCACUAGCAAUGCGCCCAUAGGACCUAUAAAACCAAUGUUUCCGGCUUACAGUGGGAGCGGCGAUCCUGAAGGUGGGCAAACUAAUUCCUCUGAAGAACCUGCAAAAAUACCCUUGAUAAACACAGUUAGCUCAACUAGUAAGAUAAUUCACCCCCAAGAAGAUAUUUCCCUGGAGGAAAUAAGAGCAAAACUGCCGAAAUAUAGGUCAAAAAUACCUGAGCCUGUUCUAACGCCUGUGCACAACGAAAAUACUGCCACCCCACCUCAGCAGACUCUGAAUUCAACCUCGUCCUCCUCGCCACAACAACCACAGCAACUCAAUAUGCACCAACAUCAGCAGCCUGACACAAAACAUAAUAUUGACGACAGGCGAAAUGGGCCUCCGCUCAUGCUGCAAAGAUUCCCUACACCUCAUAUCCCAGUUUCUAUGCCGAAUAUGCCUAUCAGUGUGGGUUCAAUGGUGCCUCCUGUAAGCUCAGGACUGACGUUGAUGGCUCCAAUGGGACGACCAAUGAUGUCACUCGGGCAGCCAGCCAUGAUGAUGCCUAGACCUCCCGCUCCUCCAAUGGGCAUGGUUCCUCAUCCUGGUCAUCGCUUGGUUCCGGGACUUGUGGGUCCUCCAAUGAUGCAUCCUGCCUACUCAGCAGCUGGCCCGAUGGCGUUCCCUGGACCCCCUAUGUUGGCUCCAAUGAUGCCGCCGCGCUUCAGAUGAUCAGGUUUGCUGGGGGGACUUUGGCUUAUCUUUCCGCCAGAACAAUAAUUGUCCAGGAGGGAAUCAUUUCAUAGCUGUAAGUUCUUUCUAACUGUUAAUUUUGAGGCAGUUGUACCUGUGAACUUGACUGCAAGUGUCAGUUUCUGUGGUAAACCCAAUCAUUUAUUGCCGAGACCUGUAAAUUUUAUUUUAGUUGUUCAAUGUAUCUAUUAGUAUUUAGUUAGUCGUCUAUUAAUUUCUGAUCAGCUGCUAACCAGACUUAAAAGUUCAUUCUCUGCAUCAGAUUUACCUUAUGCAGACACAAUUUUUGCUUUUAAAUUUUUUUUAUUUUUCAACCUGUCAGUCCGUUGAUUCUCCUUACCUUGUUUCAGGAAAGCACCCUUUAUAGCUUUGUCUUACCCAUUACUUUGAGUGUCCAUCUCUAUUUUUUUCCCAAUGUUAUAAUUUGAACGCUUAACUUUCUGUUUAUAGUCAAAUAGAUUCUGCCGUGACCAAUCUCUUUUCUCUCCUUGGGCUCAUACAAGGUAAAAUAACUCCAGCUCAAUCUAUGUAAUGAACAGGGUAAAAAAUACAGUAAAGCUGUUGAAGUAAGGUACUGAACAAAUCAAUAACAUUUUCUCUAAUUUUUUUAGUUGCUGGUUGGUCUUAUGCUUUCGGUUGAGUUUUUGUUCUUUUCAGCACUUCCUUUACUUGUUUGCUUGGUUAAAAAAAAUCAGAAGCUAAGCAUAGGGAACCACGCUGCUGAGGUAGCCGGAUUACUUUUACCGUUGAGUCAUUUAUUUAAUCUGUUUUAUCAUCUAUUUCUAACUAAUUUUGUAAUUCCAGUCGCUAAGUUUUUUUUUCUAAAUCACUUCCUGAUUUACCUGUCAAUUACGCAGUUGGGCUUUAAUCUUCAUUUUAACGGCAGGGGAAGGGAGACAGAGGCUUGACUGUAAAAGCACCCAUUUAUGGAUCUGUGACUAAUUUUUUGUUACUAAAAUACUACUAGCGGCCCCUUCUCAGAGCAGCAUAUGUAGCAGUUGAGUAUAUAUCAUAUCUGUUAGAGAAUGUUUGAAAUAAUUUUUGAUCAUCUUAUUAAAGUUAGGGAAUGCAAACCCAGAUUUAAUGACAAGAAAUCACCCUUAAGCACUUAAAUUCAGUACUGUUGUAAAUCAUUCAGUUGUCUGAAUUUUGUCCCUGUCUCAUUUCAAGAUUUAAGAUGAUGAUGCAUGAAUCCGCUUUGAUUUAAUUCCUCUCUUGGUUUUUAAAAUACUGAUACUGAUCCAAAAUUGUUUAUCAGCCUCAAGCAUGGUGUCGAAAACCAAAGGAUGAUCCAAAAAGACAGAUCCCGAACACACCAGUGUUGAACCAAUCCAGUUUGCCAGUCUAGGCCUGUAAUGGUUAUUGUACCAGCUAACAAUAACUAGCGUUUGAUAGUAAAUUGAUUUUGAGUUAGUCAUGCCCUCGCAAAACCCCACGGCUUCUUUCAUCGAGGUAAAUAAUCCUUGAACAUUUACAUGAUUACUUCUAUUUUUCUGUUGUUUAUUCACCAUUAAAAUUGAUUCUAAUGGCUGUUGGGGUAUCAUUAAUUAGUUUUCUUUUUUACAAUUUGUCUACGUUUACUUACAUGAGCCAAGCACGCUACUUUUAAUUUGAUAUUGAUACACUCUCCAGUGUGAAUCACAGUAUAAGCUGUUGGACACGCCCAGUAACGAGGAAAAACUUCAUAUUCUCAUCUUUAUUCUCUAGCUCCUCAAGAAGUCUGUUGUAAAAUAUCUUCAGAAUCCUGCAAUUCUUCCGCUGUAAAAUUUUCAGCCUACAGACAAGCUUGUCUAAUUUUGCCCUGAUGUUUGUGGAUUACUUAAUUUUAUGCCUUGUACUACUUGGUUUUAUUUUCACUGAUGAGAUAGGUACAUUUGAUUUAAUUAAAUGACAGCAGGUUUUAGCAUUCAAAAUUCAGUUCAUGCAGAAAAAGCUUUUCUAUUAGUCUAAAUCAUUAGAAUCCUUCUGAAAAGUUAUAGGAGAGUUACUUCCCAAAAGUGUCUUUAUUUGACAGAGAAGAGCAGGUAUUAUUUUGAUGGUAACCCAAGUUCCCAAUGCCAUCACUUACUUCGCAGUCUUGUCUCCAGUCUUAUCACACUCUGUUGAAGACCAAUAUCAUGAAGUUCCUUUCUCUAAAGAGUGGUGGGGGGUGCAAAUAAAUAGAAGUUAACGAAAGGAUUUUCCAGAGAAUUUUUACUAGUUUAUUCCCUCUAAGUGGAAGGAGAAAUGACAAAUAUGUUCGUGAAAACUUGUGCAACUGUUUUCCUGGAAAGGAGUGAAAUGUUAGAGGACGUCUUGAAACUCUGGAACUGUGAUAUGUUCACACAUUUCAUAGCGUAGACAAAAAUUAAUAUCAUUGCCUUAAGAUUGAAUUCAUAGCAAACUUUUGAGUUCCUCCAGUACAAUAAGUAUUCCAUUUUCCGAAAAAGUUUAAUUUGGAACUCUCAUAAUCACAACUAGACCAUUGACCUAAAAAUCUGAAUCUUUUGAAAAACUAUGCCCAAAAUGAAAGCUGGGAAUGGUCAGAUUUUUUCCUUCUCUUCAUUGGUUAACGGUAAACAAAGCGCUUAGAUAAAUGUUCACUGUAAAUAUGAAAGAUUCCUCCUUACACUGCGAUGUCCCUUGUAACUGAGUUACAGGUGACUUUUUUGUCACAGCUGAACUGUUGGACUAAAUGUCCCCUGCGCACCUACACUGGUAUUGGCGAAAGUAUUUUCACAGCAGUGCUGUUGGACUCAAGUCCCCCUUGCCAUGUAGGCACAGGCGAUUCAUACUGACAUCGUAUAAUGUUUAGUUCCAUCCCUUUUUUCUUUGCCUGCAGUAUAGCAGUCCCUCAAAUGGCGCAUUUGCCCUGAAUAUUUUUCAAACUUAAAAUCUUAUUUUUUGCUGGGGAGGAAACAAAAUCAAGUGAAAAAACUUCGAAUUUUUACCAGUUUUCAUAACGCUGAAAAACUCCAUGAAAUGCAAUUUGUUUUUAGAUACUCUCCGAGUUGAGUCCGCAUAUAUUUUCUUAUUCACCUAGCACCUCGCAGUUUUUGUAAUAUUUGUUUUCUCAGUUUUAAUCGCUGUUUGUCAAAGAUUUUUUAGCAUCUAUCAACAAUUCUCUUCAUUUACUGAAUAAAGAUUGUUUCUCAGUUUUA